AUGCCCCCGUGCCGAAGUGCCCCCGUGCAGAGGUGCCCACGUGCAGAGGUGCCCACGUGCAGAGGUGCCCACGUGCAGAGGUGCCGAACCCUGUUGUCCCAGCAGACGUGCAGACAGCAGCCACUCGCCACUCGUCAAUCCCGCUCGCGUUCGUUCUCGCCCGCGUUUCCAGUCCGCACAACUGCGCUCGUCACCCGCACGCCCCCCCGCGUGCACCCUCGCGUGUCUUCCCAUUGUAGCAGCACACUUUAUCCUGAAGCCGUGGCGACAGCAGAAACCCGCGUCUCACACUUGUCGCUUUCAUACUUCCUUCUCACGACCUGCAAAGAAAAGGGGAUUGGGUGGGUGUCUCCCGUUGCAGCCCUGUUGUCCCAGCAGACGUGCAGACAGCAGCCACUCGCCACUCGUCAAUCCCGCUCGCGUUCGUUCUCGCCCGCGUUUCCAGUCCGCACAACUGCGCUCGUCACCCGCACGCCCCCCCGCGUGCACCCUCGCGUGUCUUCCCAUUGUAGCAGCACACUUUAUCCUGAAGCCGUGGCGACAGCAGAAACCCGCGCCUCUCACACUUGUCGCUUUCAUACUUCCUUCUCACGACCUGCAAAGAAAAGGGGAUUGGGUGGGUGUCUCCCGUUGCAGCCCGCGGUUGUCCCAGCAGACGUGCAGACAGCAGCCACUCGCCACUCCAUCCCACUCGCGCUCGCGUCCGACCGAUUUUCCGUCCACACCCACUCGUCGCCCGCACGCCCCAACACGUGCAUCCUCACGCAUCUUCCCAUCCGCUCGCGUUCACAUCCAACUGCUUGUCCAUCCGCGCACCCGCUCGCGACCCGCACGCCCCCGCGCGUGCACCCUCAAGCGUCUUCCCGUUGCAGUCGAGAAGACGGCAGACAUACGUGCGUCCCUCUCUCACGUCGCUCGCCCUCCACCGACCGCACUGUCACUUCUACUGCCUUCUCAAAGGACGACCUGCAAGAAAAAAGGGGUUGUCAAGCAAACGGCAGACACACGCGCGUCCCUCUCUCACAUCGCUGGACCUCCAUGGAUCGCGCUUCAUACUUCCUUCGUACUUCCUUCUCACGACCUGCAAGAAAAAGGGGGUAUGGUGGGUGUCUCUCGCUGCAGCCGGCGGUUGUCCCGGCAGACGUGCAGACAGCAGACACACACGCGCGCGCGUUGCCCUGCGCCAACCUCCCCCCGCUGACGUCUCGCUCGCUCGUGCCCUGCACCGCCUUUCACCACUUCCGUCUCCGCUCGCGUCCUCCCGCCAACGCCCGCGUCCUCCCACCAACGCCCACGGUUGACCCAGCAGACGUGCAGAAGGCAGACGCGCGCCACUCAAUACCGUUCCUCGCCCCACUCGUUCGUUCAUCGUCCCUGAGUGUUCUUUCGAAACGUCUUUGCGUGUUUGUUUCUUCAUCCUGCAAGAAAGGGGGGGUGCGGGUGUCUCGUGUUGCAGCCUGA